GCUAGAUGGCAGUGUGAAUGUUGAACUAUUUAUUGUGUGACCACCGAAAAAGACCUUUAAAAACAACAUGUCUGCGCACAGAGAAAUGUGCACACGCUGUGGAAGUGAAACCUUGUUUUAACGGGCGAAAUCUUGAUUUCAGGCUGUUUAUUAGCUCAGGUUUCCAGAAAGAAUGUCUACCCCACGGGCAACGAAGAAAGAAAAAAAGAAGCCCACACCAGUGAAAACAUCUCUGGUUAGCCCGUACAAUCUACGAUGGUUACCGCUGGCACAUGACGGCAAGCGAUUAAUACUGGACACGUUAAAAACCAAAAUUUCCGAUCUUGGGCUUCAGAAACGACGUGUCAAUAGGUUCCGCGAGUGGGGAAGCAGAAGGAGGUCAAGAAAAAAGACAUCAAAUCCCACGGAGGAUCAAAAGCUAGCUCCUGAAACCGCCGAGAGUGGACAAACCCUCUCUAAGCCCACCGAACCGUGCUGGACCAAUCCGGCCGUGAGGAAACAGCUUGCCAUUGGCAUCAACGAGGUCACCAAGGGCUUGGAGAGGAAUGAACUGAGUUUGGUGCUUGUGUGUAAUUCGGUCAGGCCAGAAGACAUGACAUGGCAUUUAAUCCCGCUGAGUGUUACGAGGUCGGUGCCCGCCUGUCAGGUGCCCGAUCUGAGCGACAGUCUCUCGGGGCUGCUGGGUCUCAAGUGCGUCCUCGCGCUGGGAUUCAAACGGGAUGCCGCAGCGUUCGAGGAUGUGGUCCGAGAGAUCACGUCCCUGAUUGUGCCCCUCAAGGUAGCUUGGAUUCAGAGGAAUUCAACACCGACAGCCGAAGAAAAACACACAGAUACAGAAAAGGGACAGAAGAGGAAAUUAGAAGAUAUGUCAGAUGAAGCCAGCGACGCCUCUCCUUUAACCCUCCAGCCUCUGAAAGUGAAGAAAAUCAUCCCGAAUCCAACAAAAAUCAGAAAACCGAAAAAGAAAGAAAAGAAAAAGUGCUUAUCAAGUGUUUAGCCUGUGCUCUAUAAAUGCAGGUUACUAUUUAGGUUGAUUGGACACAUGCUAGGUGUAUUAUUUACAAAAGUUUGUUUGAUGGUUAUGGAGAGGAAAAAGACCCAAGUGGAUUGUUUUAUAUAUUUGGAUGCUUUUAUUCAGUCAAAUAUCCAUGCUGGUAUACCUUGAUGUAUAUUUUUGACAAUUAGUUAUUUGGGUGGACUGUCAUGUUUAACAUGGUGCUGGUACAUAUUCCCAUCAGUUCCAACCUGCAAUGGAAUUCAAUAAAAAUACUGUCUUCAGAAAGAGAAAGCUGAUCAUUUAAAACUACACAAUUUGACAUUUAAAAAACAACCUCUCUGAAAUAAGGCAAGUACUUUGGGUGUUCUCACCAUAACCCAUAAGUUCUUAAACCAUACAGAUUGGGGGGAAAAGAAGUUUCAUGCUCAUUUCAUAUGGCAAGCCUUAGAAAAAACAUAUGCAAACUGACAUUCGCAAAAGUGCCCUGGAUGUUAUUGAACGAAACCACCGGUUGAAAUGUGGGACUUUGAGAGAAGUACCUUUCUUUUUAAGCAUGUCUGGAUGUGCGCUUAUUUAAAAGCAUAUUGUAGAUUCAAUUACAUUAAAGCAAACCAUGACAAGAUAAGCUGUAGUAACACAAAAUAAGCUUCUGAUAUACAAUAAUUUUGUUCACAUUUCAUUACGUCCAACCAGUGAUUGUAACUGAACAGCGAGCAAGCUUUCCUGACCACAUGACCUUUAACUCCUUGUGCUUAAGUAUAGCAAAAUUACCAGGGCCUGAUCGCAAAUGCACCAUUUGAACGAGGUUAUGGUUUCAAUGCAGAGAAUACUGACAGAAUAAAAAAAAAAAAAAAAAAAAAAAAAA